UUUAUAUAAUUCAUUAUUUUUCAUGUUAGAAAUAUGGUUUUUAUUUUCGUUGUCAUAAGGUGAUUGACAACUUGUUUUAGUAAACCUUAUGUGAUCGAUUGAGCGUGGAUAUUAAGCUUAAUAUAAUCAUUUUGUUACAACUCUCCUUUUUACUUUAAGAUGGACAGAAAUUCUUGCCCAUUCCAGAAUGACCAUCUUUUCUAAUAAUUAUGAUGACAAUUCUUUUUAGUCUCUGAAAAUUCUCUCUUCUUGCUUGUGUUAUUGCAUAUAUAGACUAAUUUGAGCACCAUUUCUAACAUCUGAAUCAAUCUGAAGGGAAUUUCCAUCGAUCAAAAGCUGAAAUGGCAGAGAUGGAGACGGAGUUUAUAUCCCAAGACGAGGUUGAAUCUCCAUUGCAAUCAGACCAACAGCCCCAAGACGACGGAAUCCCCUCAUUGGGACGACAGGCAUCCAUCUACUCUCUCACUUUGGAUGAGUUCCAAAACACCAUCUGUGAGAAUGGCAAGAACUUUGGCUCCAUGAACAUGGAUGAGUUUCUCAACAGCAUUUGGACAGCUGAAGAGAAUCAAACUCAAGCUCAGGCUCAAACUUGCAACAUUAAUACGAACAACGAAAACACCAAUAAUCCACAGUUCUCACUCAAUCAGAUUUCGACUGAGAAGGGCAUUGACAGGCAACCAAGCUUGCCAAGACAGGGCUCUUUUACUAUUCCUCCUCCUCUAUCUAAUAAAACAGUUGAGGAAGUGUGGUCGGAGAUCCACAAGGGUCAACAAGAACAGAAGCAUGGAGAAAUCACCAGUGUUCACGAUCCCAAUUCUGCCCAGAGGCAGACCACAUUUGGAGAGAUGACACUGGAGGAUUUCUUGGUUAAAGCGGGGGUAGUGAGGGAACAGUGUAAUACGCCGCUGCUACCUCAGCAGCCAUUUGGGUUGUACCAAACUAAUAAUGUCACCACAGUGGGUCCUGGUUUUGUGUCCACACCACUUAUCAGUCUCGGCGGUGGUGUUAAUUUGCCUUCGUACCCGGCAAUGUCUCAGGGAGGUAUUGGGGAGCUGUCGGGGUAUGCUGUGAAUGGAAAGAGGAGUGUAGGCUACCAACCUCAGCCACUAGCGGUGUGUUAUGGUGGCAGAGUGGGAAAUGGUGGUGGUGGCUAUGGGCAGGUGCAGGGGUUGGGGUCACCUGCAAGUCCGGUUUCGUCGGAUGGAAUGUGUGCUACGAUUCAAAUUGACAAUGUGAAUCAGUACGGGAUGGAUAUAGGUGCAAUUAGGGGGGGACGGAAGCGGAUUAUAGACGGUCCGGUGGAGAAGGUGGUUGAGAGGAGACAAAGGAGGAUGAUCAAGAAUAGAGAGUCGGCUGCGAGGUCCAGAGCCAGGAAACAGGCUUAUACGGUUGAAUUGGAGGCAGAAUUGAACCAGUUAAAAGAAGAGAAUGCUCAGCUAAGACAUGCUCUGGUUGAGCUUGAAAGGAAAGCAAAACAACAGCAUUUUGAGGAAGUGAAAAUGAGAACUCAGACCAGUGCUCAAAAUACCAGGGAGAGAUUGAAGGCGAUGCGAAGGGCUCUGAGUUGCCAGUUUUGAAGUGAAGAUAGAUGGUAAUCAUAUAAAUGGACCGUUCGUGAUCGAGAUAGACGUCUCUUUUAUGACUAAUUACAGUGACCACCCCUUCCCUCGAAAGGAAAAAGAAAGAGAGAAAAUUAUAGGAUAAUAAUGUUAGUUUUUGUGUUAUACAUAAAUUAUGGGCUUGGCCUGCCUUUUGUUUUUAUCAUAUCAUAAAUGCGAGUUUGAUGCUUUUGUAGUUUAUUUACUGCUGAGCUCUUUAUUGAAGUCUCUCUGGUUUUUAGCCACUGAAAUUUCAGAUUCAUGGAGUUGUUAAAUUUUGUGACGGCAACUACCAUGUGCAGGACAAUAAUGGUUUCCAGAGAAAAUGAAAUGCAUGGAACCAAGUUACCAGAGAUUUGUAAUGUUCAUAGCUGUUUGACAAAGGUUUUAUGUUAGUUCAGCUAUUUAUCUGUUUUUUUUUUUUUUCCUUCUUUUCUUCAUUUCAAGAGAUUGAUUUUAUUUGAUCUAGUUUGAUUAGUCUUAAUUCUGUUAUUUGGAUUUUCACACACAUUUCACAAAUUGUUGUCCUACAAGGAUAGGUAUUAAUAUUGGGCUAAUGGUGGAUUGGUAUGGGAUUCGAUUUCACAACCACCCUUACCAUUGAUUUAUUUUUCUGUUCUUGCUCCCUUCAAUUUUUAUUCUGUUCUGCUUGAGACUUGAGAGUAUUGAGGUUUUUUUUUUUUUUGGUAAUUGCUAUUCAGCCAAAAGUCUUCUUCCCAAGAGUACCUGGCAUGUAAAAUAUCAUAUUUUUUAAAUUUGCAACUAAGGAUAUUUUAUAAAUACUUAAACUUUGACAAAAUAAAAACAUUUGAUUUCAGUUUUUAAGACUAUUUUGA